AUGCCUCAGAGCCCUGCCAUUAUCACGGCCACUGCGGCUAUCGCCAGAGAGCGUGCUGGUAGCCGUGGCCAGGGUCCCCAUCCGCGCCAUUCUCGCCCUAUGCUCCCUGAUGACGCCCCUGACGUGUAUGAAGCCAUCCUGCUCGCUCCGGGCGAAAGCAAGAUUGAUGUUGAGGUCGACACCCGCCUUCCUUCUGCCGCUAUAUUUACUUUCCGCAAGGAAGACCACACCCUUGGCAACAUGCUGCGCCACCGUCUCCUGAAGACUCCCCAUGUGAUCUUUGCUGCCUACCGCGUCCCUCACCCGCUGACCCCCGAGUUCCAGCUGCGUAUCCAGACUGAUGGCGAGGUCACCCCUCGCCAGGCUGUUGUUAACGCUUCCGAGGCUCUGAUCAAGGACCUGGGCAUCUUGUCUCGGGAAUUCACCAAGGAGUACGAGCUCCGCAAGGCUGCCAACGCCGCCAACCAGCAACAGCAGAACACUGCUGAGUAA